AUGCCAUCCGGCGGGCUCGAGGUGCUGUAUGCAAGCGCCCACAGCAUCAGGGCCCCCAAUGUGGGCCGACCUUAUAACCCCAACAAUCUGCUCGUCAAUCUGACGGUUUCAUCCGCUUUCAUCCGCACCAUGACAUCCCACAACGCUCUCGACAGCCCCGACUACUAUGGGGUCGCUUGGAUCGCUGCUCUUCCCAUCGAGCGGGCCGCUGCAAAAGCGAUGCUCGACGAGGAACAUGCGCCUCCAACUGGCUUCGUUAGACACCAAACCGAUGCAAACGUUUAUACAUGGGGUCGGGUGGGUGAGCACAACAUCGUCAUCGCCUCUCUUGCCGCCGGAGUCUAUGGAACUACCUCGGCUGCGACCACGGCAUCGAGCCUGCUUGCCUCUCUGCCAUCCAUCCGUGUUGGUCUUUUGGUCGGCAUAGGCGGCGGCAUCGCCCGACCGGACGAGGAUUACGAUAUACGGCUCGGCGACGUUGUCGUGAGCCAGCCCGACGGGACCACAGGCGGCGUCUACCAGUACGACUUGAUCAAGGCCAAGUCUGGUGACAGGCGUGAGCGCAAAGGCUUUCUCAGACCUCCUCCGACCGUCCUCCUUAAUGCGCUUGCCAGCAUCCAGGCCGAUCACGAGUCGACGGACUCCAAGGUUCCCAACUUCCUUCAACAGAUGCUAAAGAAGAACCCGAAAAUGAAUAGAAGAUCCAAGCAAAGUCCUGGCUAUAUUCACCAGGGCACCGACAACGACCGGCUCUUCCAAUCUUCAUGCGACCACGUCCCCGGGCCGGACUGUCGGGGCUGUGACACGGCUGACGAGGUUAAACGCGAUGCUCGAGACACCACCGACCCCGAGAUCCACUACGGAACUAUCGCAUCCGGCAACUCGCUUGUCAAAGACGCCGCCACGCGUGAUCGGAUUGUUGCCGACGUCGGCGUGAACUGCAUCUGCUUUGAGAUGGAAGCAGCCGGCCUGAUGAACCACUUUCCCUGUCUUGUGAUCCGAGGGAUCUGCGACUACGCCGAUUCCCACAAGAACGAUCGAUGGCAACGCUAUGCCUCGGCCACCGCCGCUGCGUAUGCCAAGGAGCUCCUGGCCUACGUGCCGGUCGCGGAGGUUCAUGAGACCAAAAGGGCACUGGAAGUGCUUAAUCAAAAACUCGAUAGUGUGCAGCAGACCACAGCUGCAGCGAAACUGGCCACUGAUUCCAUCCAGGCCGACCUUCGUACCGAGAAGAUCGAGCGCUGGCUUCGACCCUCUGAUCCGUCUACAAACGCCAACCACGCGAGGGAGCUCCGCCAUGAGGGGACAGGUGCGUGGCUCUUGGAAAGUCCGGUCUUCCAAGAGUGGCACUCGGGGUCUCGUCAAUAUUUAUGGCUGCAUGGGCUCGCGGGAUGUGGAAAGACGGUUCUCAGUGCGACUGUGCUGGAUCAUCUCGCAAAGGGAAACGACCGUCGUAUCCUCAGCUUCUUCUUUGACUUUAGCGACACGGCAAAGCAGACCGUGGAUGCCAUGCUGCGGUCACUUGCUUUCCAACUCUACCGAGGCAGGGCUCGUUCUGCAGGUGUUCUUGACGCCUCAUUCCAAGCACACCAGGAUGGCCGCAACCAACUUGCAACGAAGACACUCUCAGAUGCUUUAUUCAAGAUGCUCGCAGUCCAGAAGAAAGUCUCUAUCGUUCUAGAUGCCUUAGACGAGUCGAGAACGAGGGCCGACCUACUCCUCUGGAUUAGGGACGUAGUGUCCAGGCCAGAGCUGGGCCACGUCCAGCUGUUCUGUACCGGUCGGCCUGAAGCCGAGUUCCUGCGCGACAUCCCCUCGUUGAUAGGCGAGGGAAACAGCUUAGAACUUAACAAGCAGGCUGUCAACGCCGACAUCCGAUCAUACGUCGCAGCACAGCUUUCGCAACGACGCGAAUUUCGGGACAAGCCCUUGUCGCAGGAUCUCCUCCUGCUGAUCCAGAGUAGGGUUGGAGACGGGGCCAACGGGAUGUUCAGGUGGGCGUUCUGUCAAUUGGAUAGCCUAGCUCGAUGUCGUCAUGAAGCAGCUAUUGAGGAGGCUCUCGCAUCUUUGCCGCGGACCCUGGAAGACACGUACCGACGCAUGAUUGAAUGCAUACCGAUGGAGCUUAAAAACGACGCGAUGCGGCUCCUGCAGUUUCUAGUGCAUUCGACGCGACCUCUCAAGCUGGCCGAGGCUAAAGAAGUAAUAGCAACGCAGAUCGAAAACGAGCCGCGAGGGUUUGACGUCAAGCGUCGACUGUUUUGCGAUACUGAUGUUUUGGACUACUGUCCUAGCUUAGUGACAGUCGUUCACGCCGCCGGCAAAGAGCUACAUCUUGCCCACUUUUCUGUCAAAGAGUACCUUCUCAGAGACGAGCGGUUCAACAUUACGAUUGCUAGCAUUCCCAUUGCGAGGACGUGCUUGACUUAUCUUACGGACAUAAACGGUAACCACGAAGAGAUUAAGCGGGAUUUUCCAAUGGCAAGAUUUGCGGCGGAAGUCUGGACAUACUAUGCCACGUUCGCUCAGGCUUCGGAAAAUAUGGUUCAAACAACUGUUAGGUUCCUAGAAGAGGAAGUGACGUUUCAGCGGUGGGCUCGUUUGUAUCAGUCUGAUAGGGACUGGGACGAUGACCCAGGUCCUCCACAAGGUUCCAGGCUCUAUUAUGCUUGCUUCGCUGGGCUCGUAACACCUGCGCAAAUUCUUAUCAGCAAAGGAGCGGACGUCAACGCGCAGGGCGGCGAAUACGGCAACGCUCUCCAGGCCGCCUCAUCAGGAGGCCAUCAAGAGAUUGUCAAACUGCUGUUGGACAAGGGAGCAGACGUCAAUGCGCAGGGCGGCGAAUACGGCAACGCUCUCUAG